UGAAUCCCUGUAACUUCUUAUUGAUAUCUCUCGUUCUAUGUUCAUGUUGUAAUUUAUUCUUGGUAAUUUGUGUUACUUGCUAACAAAUUCGAGUUUAUUAAAUAUGUGCUCGUGUUUGAUUCAUUAUUUGCUAUAAAAAAUUAAAUCCUUAUCUCGAUGUAUAUGUUAUGCGGCAAGUUCCUUUCAAAACCAAUGACAUUAGAUGAACUCGAUGUGCGUUUUGGCCAUUUUACUUGGCUUGCGUUGGUGAUUCGUACAUAGUCACGUGACCUAAAGUGGUUUUGGAUCAAUGGCGCCAAAUGUCUUUAACGAAAAAUGUAUUGGGUACGCAAAUUGAAGUGUCGUCAUGUAGUGAACGAUGUGACAUUCUACACAAUGUUACUGCCGCGCUCUAAGUGUAAAGCAAUAAGGGGAUCGUGAACAUGUAGGUUGUGAACAAAAGUGAGAGAGAUGUCGUUGAGAGGCACAAAGCGGGCGACUGGGGCGCGCGGCGAAGAGCCUAGCACCUCCAAGCGCCGCAGGAUGGAGCCAGAGGAUGCUCUCUGGCAACUCCGUCCUGUCAGUGACCUCAAAAUGUCAUCAAUAUAUAACAGAAGUGCCUCAGAGGCACCAGCUGAACUAUUCAGAAAGGACCUUAUCAGCGCGAUGAAACUACCAGACAACGAGCCGCUGACACCGAGCGAGUACUGGAUCAUCACUGACACUUGGAAGCAGGACUGGGAGAGAGGAGUGCAGGUGCCUGUCAACCCCGACUCUCUGCCGGCCCCAAAAGUCAAGAUCAUUGACAAUCCACCGCCGCCCAACUUUCAGGAAUUCAAGCUGUGAGUACACUUCUUGAUUUUAUUUUGAACGAGUGCUGGAACCUCUAAUAUGUUCACAUAUUGUUUUUACAUUAAUUUAUUCUGAUAUGUAUGUACACCUGCUGAAACUGAUUGUUCUUCCUUAUAUUUGUGCAAUUUCCGUAGAUAAUUGAAUCGAUGUUGUGAUUGUAGAAUUGAUAGAUGCCUCUUAUGUUUGUAAGUUAAAUAGUGGAAGGUUAGAGAAAAUAACGGUUUGAACCUCAGAACAAUAACUAAAACUAUAGAAGCCAUGCUAAAAUAGCUACUUAACAUUUACUCAACACAAAUUCCGAGACAGAAUCGACCCACAAAUUUGAAAUAUUUGUAUAUAUCAAAAAUAAUAAAAUAUUUGCGUUCAUUUCAUUCUAACCCUUCCUAACUAACUACCCCUAAAGAAGUAAUAGAAUUGGCUGUAUCGUAUUACACAAUACCAAUCUAUUAAGAAAUUUCGGUGUAAAAUUUAUAAAAGUAGUUUGUAAAAUAUUUGGCCCCACUAAGCCGGUUAAAUAACAAACGGGUAUAAAUAUCCAAAAUACACUAUUCUAUCCUUUAUAUAAUAUACGCUGGCCAUGUAAAAUCUGAAUACAGACAUGAACUAAACCGCUGUUGGUUUGGGGAAAAUUUUGAUAAAACUAACAUUAUCAACAAGCAUUUACCACGACGUUCUGUUUGUGCAGUAAUAUGUUAUAGAAACGCAACGAGAUACCUCUAGCAGAGACGUUGUACAUUUCAAUUAGAUUCGGAAGUAGGAAUAGUAAUGUUGGGUCAAUAUAAUUAUAUCUUUACCUAUUCAAUGAAGAUAAUAGAUAUAUUAAUAGAUUCCAGACGGCGACUUUCGAUCUCGAUCACUUUGCUUGCGUACGGGUCAACACUUCACGCCACGGUUGGCGUCAAAUUUAUAAUUCCAUAUAUAAGUAUGCAUCGGAAUUAAUUCAUUGUCUAAUUUGACUACCGAACUCUAAGUAAUGUUGGAGUUUUAAAAGAUCUGCACACGUAGUCAGAUAAAGUUUAGUAAUGUCAAAGAGUUAA